CGUUGCCAGUAGGAGGCACUACGUGCAUUAAGUUGGCCGGAAAUACGUUCUGGUCUGAUACCAAUGAAGAAGAAAAAGUAAAUUGCAACAUGGCGACUCCCAUGCAUAGAAUAAUAGCCAGGAGACAAGCGGAUGCAAACAAACAACAUGUGCGUUGCCAGAAGUGUUUGGAGAUGGGACACUGGACCUACGAAUGCACAGGGAAGCGGAAAUAUGUGCACAGACCAUCAAGAACAGUUGAGAUGAAAAAGAAACUCAAGGAGAAUGAAAACAAACCACUCAGCAUCACUGGACCAGGAACAGAAGGCUCCAGUGAGAAGAAAAUGAAAAAGAAGGCUAAAGAUGGUAGCGACAGCAGCAGUGAUUCAGCCGGCUCCUCAAGUGACUCAUCGUCAGACAGCAGCGACUCCUCCAGCUCCUCUUCAGAUGACAGCGACAGCAGCAGUGACAGCGAUGAUGACAGCUCUUCCUCGUCUUCGUCUUCCUCCUCCUCUUCAUCCUCAGACAGCUCAAACUCAGGAAGCAGCGGCAAUUCAGAUCAAGGACCUCCAAAGAAGAAGAAAAAGAAGAAAUGAACAAAUAUGUUGGAAUAAAUGCAUUUUCUUCUUGUUUUUUGUUUCCCUCAGUACAUUUUCGCUGUAUACUACCCCCCCCCCCUCUCAUUCAUCAUAGUUGGUUGAAUCUCAUUCAACAGAACACCUUUUAGGGCUUUAAUAGAGUUUUACCAGUAAUAGCAAAAAUGGAAACUAGACAAGAGAUCAUUUUGGGUUCGUCAAAUGUGUCAUGUUCUGUUUUCAAAAACACAUUUCCAUUUUUACUUUUAUUAAUGCGAUAUUUUCCCAGGUUUGUGGGUCUACUGAGGAUAUGAAAUUUAAAUAUCUGAGGGAACUUAUGAGCGUAUUCCUGUUGAAUUUGUGAUUUUGUACUAAAGUAUAUUUUUAGUCAAACUUAACCUGCACAGCUCACAACCUCAAUAAACCAACGCCAUAUCUGGUAUCUUAAAAACAUUGAACCUUUUUAAAGGAUAAUGAAUAAAAGUCAACGUUUUGAAUUAGUUUGAAGUUAGAAGAUCUUGUUGCUAUUAAAUUGCAGUUGCUUGUUUCACUAAAAUAAACUUUGCUUGUUUUUGUUUUUAAGGCUCUUGCAUAUUUGCUAUUGUAAAAUGUUUUAUUUUGCUAAAGAGAAACACAUGACUUUACAUAUAUGCAUUUGAGAAUAAAAUGGUAAUAAAUUGUC